AUGUGGAAAAGAAAGAAAGAUAUUGAAGGUGUUUCAAAUGCAAGUAUUGUAGCAUUGAAAUCAAGUGUAUUAAAUGAAGAGAGAAAUGCAUUGAGUAAAGAUGAAUCAUAUACAGAGAGACCUAAUAAAUCAUUAAAAGCAAUACUACAUAGGAACAGUAAUAACAAUGAUAGUGGUAAAGAUAAUGAUAAAGAUAAAUCAACAAAUAGAGGUAUAGAUGAAAGAAAUCAAAAGGAUUUAGAUGACAUCAAAGAUGAACAAGAUAGACUAUCAUAUGAAAAUGCACAAAGAAUAUUAAAAGAGAAAGCAAAAAUAUAUGAACAAUUAGUUGGAGGUAAACAUGAGAAACCGAUUGACUUUUUAAAUAUAAAUAAUGAAGAUAAUAGCAUUGAUUUUCAUCAAAAGAUCGUUGAUAACGAGAAAGAACAAGAGUUACAACAAGAGAAAGAGAAACAACAACAUCGACAACAGCAGCAGUAUGAAAAGUUACCAGAUGAUAUGUAUCAUCCUGAUAUAGAGAGAGAAAGAAUGAGAAGACUAUGGGAGAGUCAAUCAACUGACGACCUAGAGGAGAUCGACAGAAAAGAAGCAGAGGCGAAAGAAAAGAAGAUUGCAUCGAUGAUCAAAGAUCAAGAGGCUACAAAGUUGAAUCGUACCAAACAUCAAGACGCGAAAGAGAAAGAGCAACAACAGCAACAAAGUAGAUUGAAACAAAUAGAACUACUCAAAAAACAAGCACUUUUGAAACAGAAAUUGGCUGCCUCACAACAGAAACAACAACAACAAAAGGACAAACCAUUAUAG